AUGAUAUUUGGGUCAGAUUCCCUCCUGGGUUUUAUUCUUACGACAUUUCUUUCUUUCUAUCUAUCUUUCUUUCUUUUAUGUUUCUUUUUAUCUUUUUCUUUCUUUUGUUUGUCUUUCUUUCUUUUAUUUUUCUUUCUUUUUCUUUCUUUCUUUCUUUCUUUCUCGCUUGCUUUCUUUCAUUCUUUUCUUUCUAUUUUUCUUUUUUUCUUGCUUUUAUUUCUAUCUUUUACUUUCUUUCUUUCUUUCUAUUUUUCUUUCUUUCUUUCUUUUACUUUUCUUUCUAUCUUUUUCUUUCUUUCUUUCUUUCUUUCUUCUAUUUUUCUUCCUAUCUUUUUCUUUCUUUCUUUCUUUCUUUCUUUCUUUCUUUCAUUCAUUUUUAUUUCUAUCUUUUUCUUUCUUUUAUUUUUCUUUCUUUUUCUUUCUUUCUUUCUUUCUUUCUUUCUUUCUUUCUUUCCCUUCUUUUUAUUUAUAUCUUUUACUUUCUUUCUUUCUAUUUUUUCUUUCUUUCUUUCUUUUAUUUUUCUUCCUAUCUUUUUCUUUCUUUCUUUCUUUCUUUCUUUCUUUCUUUCUUUCUUUCUUUCAGUUAGAAAUGAGACAGAGAAGACCUUCGAACAUGUUAACCAUUUCAAUAACAGCUCAUCCCUCUUUCUUUCUUUCCUUUUUCUUUUGUCUUGUCUAUCUUUCUUUUUUUUCUUUUUCUCUUUGUUUCUUUCUUUCUUUUUCUCUUUCUUUCUUUCUUUCUUUCUUUCUUUCUUUCUUCAUUCUAAAAAAAAAUCGGAACGUUUUCGUCAUGGGGACUAA